UCUGUAACAUUGUUGAGUAUAUUUUAUUCCUUAUCAUUAUUUUCGUGUAUUUUAUUUUAAUUGCUACACGUGUUAUAUAUUGUUAAGACUUUUAUUUUCAACGAAUAUCCUCACGAACCGGCAUUUACGUCGCGUCUGCAAAUUAUCAUGGCCGCUCCGUAUCAACUCCGCUGUCAAAUUUUUGGACACGAAAAAGAUGUUCGCGCGGUUACGCCAGCACUUAUUCCAGAUAAUUCUGUAAUUUCUGGAUCUAGAGAUGCUACGGCCAGGAUAUGGGUACCAGAAGAGGACUCAAAUGGAUUCAGAGAGGGUCAUUUUAUGAGCGGCCACAAGAACUUUGUGGCGAGCGUGUGCUGCCUGCCUCCCGAUGACAAGUAUCCCCAUGGCCUGAUAUUUACAGGAAGCAAUGACCACACCAUACUGGCCUUCACACCUGACUCGCCACAGGCUGUCUUUAAACUCACUGGACACACUGGCACUGUUUGCUCGCUGGCAGGUGGCAAAUUUGGAACAUUGUUGAGUGGAUCUUGGGACAAAACUGCCAAGGUGUGGAUUAACCAGAAAUGUGUUCUGACGUUAGAGGGUCACGAGUCAGCAGUGUGGGCAGUGGCAAUAAUGCCUGACCUAGGGGUGAUGCUGACAGGAUCAGCUGACAAAACUAUCAAGGUCUGGAAGGCCGGCAAAUGUGAGAAUACACUAAGAGGUCAUGACGACUGCGUACGAGACCUGGCAGUCACACAGGGUGGGGAAUUUCUGUCGUGCUCCAACGAUGCCACAGUCCGUCGAUGGCUGGUGUCCGGAGACUGCAUUGCAGUGUACUACGGGCACGAAAAUUUUGUGUACAGCCUUGCUGUGCUUCCUAAUGGCCAUGAUUUUGUGAGUAGCGGUGAGGAUCGGACAGUGCGCGUGUGGAAGGAUGGCACAUGCGUACAGACCAUUAAUCAUCCGUGCCUCUCCAUCUGGUGCGUGGCUGUGCUGGGGAACGGGGACAUUGUGUCUGGGGCAAGUGAUGGCAUACUGCGUGUGUUCACAUGUGAGCCCUCCCGCUACGCGAGCACUGUGGAACUCAAGACGUAUGACGAGCAGAUAGCUCAGUCCCAGAUUCCACAAGACAUUCGCCCAGAAGAACUGCCUGGUCCCGAGGCCUUGACAAGACCAGGCAACAAGGAAGGUCAGACCAAGAUGGUGCGGAAUGCAGCAGGAAAGGUGGAGCUGUACAGCUGGGACGGUGCCAGCUCUGAGUGGAAGAAAGUAGGGGAUGUUGUGGGCUCAUCAGGCGGAACACAGGCCACCUCCGGAAAGACGCUUUAUGAAGGGAAGGAGUAUGACUACGUGUUCACCGUAGACAUACAGGAGGGCCAGCCCCCACUCAAGCUGCCCUACAACAUCUCGGAGGACCCGUGGUUCGCUGCACAGGCUUUCAUACAGAAGAACAACCUCAGUCAGCUGUUCCUGGACCAGGUGGCCAACUUCAUCACGGAGAACACGAAAGGGGCCACACUGGCACAGGGAGCACCUGCAGACUUUGCUGAUCCUUUCACGGGUGGUAAUCGCUACAUGCCAGGCUCAAGUAGCUCAACAGGUGUUGUAAACGGCGCAGACCCGUUCACUGGCGGUGGGCGCUACAUUCCAGGCUCAGGGUCAGGCGUGGGGUCAACAGGUGGGGGAGCUGACCCCUUUACAGGAUCCGGGCGCUAUGUGCCUACUUACACAGACACCACCCGGCCGGCCCAGACUGGGGGAGGAGGUGGCGAUGUGUUUGAAGGUGCUUACACCACAACAUCCGUGAAUCCCAAUCUGUCCAAAACCAAUGAGUACUUUCCAAAGAUGACCACUCUCACAUUUGAUGUGGCCAAUCCAGCUCAGAUCAUGGGUAAGCUGCGUGAGUUCAACAGCAGCCUGGGUGGUGAUCAGCAGGUUGGGGAGGGGCAGUUGUCUGCCAUGGAGGGACUCAUGAACCAGGCUGUGCCAUCGGAGGAGAGCCUCAGCACACUGAAAACCCUCCUUCACUGGCCACCAAAUGUAGUGUUCCCAGCCCUUGAUGUUCUACGUAUCACCAUGAAAAUGCAAGACGUAAACACUGCUUUCUGCGCUGACACCAGUAUUCUCAACGCCAUGACGGCAUAUUGGAGCUCAGACGGCAAUGCCGCGUGCCAGAUCCUCAGUCUCAAAGUAGUGUGCAACAUGUUUGCUCAACCACAGGGGUUCACACUGUGCAUGGAGCACCGCGACAAAAUCCUCAGUGCUGCUGGGCCUUUAAAGGGUUCAGGAAAUAAGAAUGUUCAAGUCAGCCUUGCGACAUUGCUACUGAAUUUUGCCGUAGGAUUGUUUGGUUCUUUAGACCUCGAAGGGAAAUCUAAGCUGUUAACCACUACAGCAGAAUGCCUUAAAAUCAAACCCGAUGCGGAGGCUGCUUUUAGAUUGUUUAUUGCCAUGGGAACGCUUAUACACAAGGAUGAACGGCUGCAGAACCUAGGACAAUCGUUAGAAAUUACAAACCUGCUCACUGAUUAUAUGGUUCCAUCCGAUCCAAAAAAGGUCUCAUCCUGUGCCAUUUUGCUAAGAGAUUUAUUACGAUGAUUUCAGAUGUAUACUUUUGCACAAUUAUUGAUUUUUAAGGCAUUCUGCCUUAUCUGAUACACAAAAUCAUAUAUGUGUUAAAUUAAAUUUGGUGCAACUUUUCAAAUUGUAUCUCCCUCAAAACUUGACUUCUUAUUUAAAUGGAUUGACACUAUUUUUUCGAAUAGGAAUUUGCCAUGUAUGAUGUCAUUAAACAUAAUGUGCUAUGUUAAUAAUUUAUUCAUUUAUGCCCAGCGAUUGGUUUAUUAUAAUAGUAAUAUAUGCCACUGAUUUACUGCCUGUGUAAUACAAGAGAUAUGUUUAAUGGCAAUUAUAUGAUAUCUAAAUGAGAAUAUUUUUAUUAUUUUCAAAUCUUAAAAUAAAUAAUUAUGAAUUGAGAAUCUCCCUUGUCUUUACUUAAAUAGAGGAUACUUUUCAUUAUUUACUGUGUUCAUCUUUACACUGCAGUCUUUAUUACUUAACUACAAUUGGUAUUACCAAAAAAGAAAUUAGUGAAAUCAUUUCUUUUUUUUAUAACGAUCAUUCAGUAAUUAUUAAAAAAAAGAACUUACCUGUAACUUAUAUGUUCAAACUUUUCUCAUGUUAGUUAAAUUUGGUUUACAUGUUUUAUUUAUCUUUGUUCACAUUCGGGCUGCAUUUAAAUUUUGAUGGUGUUAAACCUAGAAAUCUAUUGAUUAAAAUACACAAUUGUAAAAAAAAUCUUUUAAAUCAAAUUGCUCUGUUUCAAAACAUGUCUUUUAUAAAAGUGUAUUAAUUAUUUUCUACAACUUCUGAAGUAAUGAUCUACCAAUUCUAAAUAUAUGCAUUUCCAUAUAAAUUUGACACUUAUAUACAUUUCUUGUAUUAGAUUACAUAAACAUAUGUCCAUGGUGCACUUAAUGGAUAGUGUUACUAUCCCAUUGUGUGAAGUUUGUUCAGCAAAGUUAAAGUAGUUUGAAUAAAUAAACAAAUAUU